AUGGCUCCCCCGCGCCAGCGCACCACGGCCAUAGUCGACGACUCGAGAUCCGAAGCUUCCAGCGGCACAAGAGAAUACAAGAAUCCCCCCAAGAGUCGCAGAGCAGCAGCAACCAAGGACAAAGCCUCGGUGACUAGCGCGCCGGUCGAUCAGAUCGUGGAUGAUCAGCCUCGACUCCCCUGGUCCGACCUCCCCCUCGAAAUCCUCCACUCAUACCGCCACGUCCACAAACUCCCCACCCCAAGCGCCUUCGCAAGCGAUUACUCGCGCACCAUCCUGUCACAGGGUAUCGGGCUCCGCUCACCGACUUCCCUCGCUGCUCGCCGCGCUCAAUCGUCCUCCUCCCACAACCACACUUACCCCCAUACCCAUGCUCACACCCAUGUCCACAGUGGUCACCGCGGCCGCAAUGGCGAGUCGGGUGACUCGCUGCGUCGCAUUGUUGGCCAGGACCGUGUGAGCAAGGAUCAAUUUGCGCUGGUUGUUCGUAGACACUUCAACAGUGCUGGGCUGUCGGAGCAGGAAACGAUUGCGCGGUUCUUGUAUACCGUGCGUGAGGAACGGAGGGGGAGGCAGUUCCGAUUGCGGUUUCAGCCGUAA